AUGUUUAAACUAAUUAUUAUUUUAGUUUUACCUGAAUAUGACAUUGAUUACAUUGUUGAUCAUAUAAAGUAUGAUUCAAAUUGUUCAUUCCCUGAUCUGGAAAAUAAUUGGAAGUCUACAACAAAUUAUAGAUUAAAUGAAAUGAAACAUUUUUCUUCUACUAGUGAAAUCAUCAAGAACUGGAAUAGUUAUACCCUGCCACUGGGAUAUAGACUUGUUGAUAUUGACUUUCAUACAUUAUAUCCAAACUGCUCGUCAUUAUUAAAUACAUUUGAGAAUAAAUUCGAAAAUAUAGUGAAACUCUUGGAUGAGAAAUUGAAGGAUUCUACCAAUCGUAGAUUAUUUGAAACUUUAAAAGAUGGUGUUUCCAUUAUAAACCAAAAUGGUAAAAAUACAGUUUUAUUGUAUUUAUUACCCACUAUACUAGUACCUACUGCAAGGAAAAUUACUAAAGAUCAUAAUGGGAUGAAGUGUCAAAUAAAAUACUCAAUAAAAGAUUCUCAAAACAGCUUCAUGACAUUCAAAGAUUCAGUAGCUGAAAUUGAAGAACAUAUUGUUAUGCGACAGAAUGAAAAAAAUCCAAUUCAGCCAUUUAUUAUUAUUGUAGGUAUCCCUACUAAUCCUAAAGAAAUAAUUGUUUUUUUCGAUUGUAUUAAGUAUAAAUUAUUCACUAUAGUAUCUGCUGUAGAUGUUUGCUUUAAAUUAUUUCAUUUGUUUAAUUUGGAAUAUCCAUGUGAAUCGUGUGUAGUAUGGCUCUUUAUACAAAAGUAUUUUUAUUCAUUAACUACAAACUUUGAUAAAUCAUUUCAUACUUUAGGUCAAAUUUUAUCUGAUUUAAAUAGUAAGUAA